UUUACCCUUAUACUUGAAGGUGACAUCAUCAAUGUUUACUUGUAUAUCUUUUCUUCAUCUUCUUCACAAAUUUGAUGAUAAACCCUAGCAAUCCAAUAAUAAGCUGAAGACAAGGGUUUUAGAAACUGAAGAUUGCAAUCCGCCAUUGAUCAGCUGCUGACUUCCAAAAUGACCAAUGCCUGCAUCACUAGAAUCCAUUUUUUUCACCAUAAAGCAACGGCAUUAUACCUUCCUAAAAGAAACAAAUUUCAGUUCAACCUUUUCCGACCAUUUCCAACUUGCGCGUCGCUAGCAUCAACUUCUCUAGGCUACAACCCCCAAUGGAAGACUAUAACUUUGACUAGUCAACUGAGCCCGUCAGGUGCACCAGCCCAACGUUCCGAAGAAUGGUUCGCCCUUCGAAAGGACCGGCUAACCACGAGCACCUUCAGCACGGCUCUCGGUUUAUGGAAAGGCAAACGUAGGUAUGAACUUUGGUGCGAAAAAGUAUUCCCAUCAGACACAAACUCAACGGUUUCACUAGUUACCAAACACGCCAUGGAAUGGGGCGUUCUUAACGAGUCAACCGCCAUAGAAAAAUACAAAAUAAUCACUGGUCGUGAAGUGAAUUCGUUGGGCUUCGCGACCCAUUCAGAGGAUAAGUUUGACUGGAUCGGGGCAUCCCCAGAUGGGCUUCUUGGUAAUUUCGCAAAUCCCGGGAUUCUUGAAGUGAAAUGCCCAUUUAAUAAAGGUAAACCCGCAUCGGCUAAGCCUUGGACCACUAUGCCCUUUUAUUACAUGCCGCAAGUUCAGGGUCAAAUGGAAGUUAUGGAUCGAGAUUGGGUCGAUUUGUAUUGUUGGACCGAAAACGGGAGCACUAUAUUUCGUGUAUCUAGAGACGAAGAAUACUGGAAGUUGAUUCAUGGCGUUUUACGGGAGUUUUGGUGGGAAAAUGUGGUCCCUGCUAGAGAAGCUUUGUUGAUGGGGAGUGAGGUAGAAGCUAGAAAAUAUGAACCAACAUCAGUACAUAAGCUCACUGGAUUAAUAAUUCACAAGAGUUUAAAGUUGGCUAGUGAGUCAAAGCUUUUGUGUAGAGAAGUUGCAGGACAUGUUGAAUUUUUAUGAGUAUACAUUAAAUGUAGCUUUGUGGAUAACAUUUGUAAUAACUUCUUAUUCGUUUCUAGUAGUUUUUGAAACAUGAACCUCCUAAA